ACGGGGCUUCCGAAACAGAGGGGGGGCCCCAAGUGGGUGGGGGCCCCCAAGUUGGUGGGGGCCCCCCAAGAGGCCCCCAAGUGGGUCUCCAAGUGAUUGGGGGACCCCCAAAUUGUGGGGCCCCUCCGAGGGCCCUUGGGGGCCCCCCAAAUCAUGGGGGCCCCCGCAGUGCUGCGCAGCCCCGUGAAGCUGCUGGGGCCCCUGUGGUACUAAAGGGGCCCUCUGGGGGGCCCCCCUGUUUACUGGGGGGCCCCCUCUUGUGGGGAGGGGCCCCCCUAAACUGCUGCUUGGAGGGUACACUUGAUGGCAACGGGGGGCCCCCCCUGGGAGCCCCUAGGGUACAGGAGACACUUAAAAGGGGGGCCGCCUUCCGGGGGGAGGAAGAAAGCUGCUGCUGCUGCUGCAGCUGCUGCACGCCUUCGAAUGAGCAGCGGCAGCAGCAGCUGCUGCUCAUGAAGCAGCAGCAGCAACAGCAGCUGCAGUUCGUAGAGCAGCAGCAGCAGCAACAGAAGCUGCCGCUUUUAGAGCAGCAGCAACAGCAGCUGCUAAUUACAAAGCAGCAACAGCAGCAACAGCAGCUGCUACUUGCACAGCAGCAACAGCAACAGCAAUCGCAGCAGCAGCUGCAGGAGCAACACCAGCUGCAGGAGCAGCAGCAGCAGCUGCAGCAGCAGCGACGCUCCCGUGUAAUUGUCUUUGACCCUAGGCUCCCAACAGCAGCAGCUGACGCAUGCAGCAGCACGGGCUGUACGUACACCCCAAGGAGGCCCCCUGUGGGCCCCCUUGGGCCCUGCUGCAGCGGUUCCAAAGUAAAUACCCCGACAGCAGCAGUAGCAGCAGCAGCAGCAGCAGCAAGCCCUAGGCAAGACCUUCCGUGGUGUCCCCCAGGAGUGCCGACAUGGGACCCCCUGGGGGCCCCCAUGAGGGUCCCUUCAAAGAGCCCCUUGGGGGACUUCCUGGGGGCCCCUAUGGGGGGCCCCUUAGGGUUCCCCCUAGGGGCCCCCCUGGGGGGCCCCCCUGGGGUCCCGCUGGGGGGCCCCCCUGGGGUCCCGCUGGGGGGCCCUCUGGGGGGCCCCUUCAAAGAACUUUUGGGUGGCCCCCUGGCGGGGCCUCUGGGGGGCCCCCUUGGAACUCUCCUCAUUCCUGAGUUUGGGAUGGAGCCCCCUGAUGCGUGUAGGCGCAUUGUUGCUGCUGCUGCUGCUGCUGCUGCUGCUGCCUUUUCAUCUAGUCUUUCGGUUUGA